AUGGGGGCCUUUGUUAGAAAAAAAAUCAUCACGUUUUGCUGCAAAAACCGAAGCCAGCUUGGAUCUAGAGCAGCGGCAACAGCAGCCACCUCUCACGCCAUUGGUUCCCGCACACAUGGGUGCCUGGAGUUAACACCACCCGCACCGCCAAUCAUGCUUCAGGCUCAGGCCGCCUGCCCUGUCCUGUCUCAAUGCACGUUUGUCUCUGGCCACGACCACACCACACCCACCUCCACCACAUUUACUUCCACACCCACUUCCACACCCAUCAACACGUCCAUAGAUACUUACAUUUCGCCUUCCUUCCUCAUGCCAACACCCACUUCCACACCUACUUCCAUACCCCAUCCACCUAUCCACACAUCCACAGAUAUUUACAUUUCACCUUCCUCGCUCAUGCCAACAUCCGUAUACAGACUAGGUGCCAACUCUCAGGUAUAUGCAAGUAGCCCCAAAAUCCCUACAGCUCCCACAGCCUCCACAGCUCCGCCAGCCCCACAGCCGCCAGUCUCGCAGCCCCGCGUGAUUUUAAAGGCCACCUCAGCACUGGCCAAUGAUUUGGGUCACUUGCUUGAUCACCUUCGUAUUUCCGCCAGCCUCGACACACUUGAGAAUAGUGGUCAGGAAUUUCUUUCCAAUCUCCUCCGUUACUCUUAG